GAUUUUCUUUUGGAUUUUGUGGGAGCUUAAAUUGUUUAGAAAGAUUUGAUUUUAUUUGCUUUUUUUGGACAAUUCUAUGAAUGAAUGCUGUAUUUGGUUGAGAUGCAUGACAUACCGAGUUAACUAGAGAAUAUUACUAAAAGAUGUAGUUCCUCAUAUUUCGCGAAUCUGGAUUUGUGAAUGAUGAGUUGGGUUUCAGACAUAAUAGUAUUCCACGUUUUAUCUAAACUUUGGAGAUAUUUUGUGUGAUUAAUAAAUCUCGGACUGCUUCAUUAACUUCAUUAACUGGUAAAGUGAAGCUUGCACUUUUUUUACUGAACAAAAAUACAUAGGAGAGGAAGAGCCAUGGAACUUACAGAGUAAGUGGUAGAACUUUGAUCAGGUUUUGUUGCAGUUGGAUCACAAGGGGGACCAUAUAUAUCAUAAAUGUAUAUCACUCCAAUCUCAUUAUCCCCUCUUAUUUGGUAUUCGUUGCAUUCACUUGUCAUGUUCCCACUCUCAAAGUCACAAUGCCUUUCAAUUCCUUCAUGAGAACACUUCUCCUUUAGCUGGGAAGAGAAGCAAAGGGAUAUCACUCUGCAACCCAAAGUACGAAGGUUUUUCCUCUCCCUUUCAAAAGGGAUAAAUAAAAUUGGAAAGUGAUACAUUUUGGUGUUUGUCUUGAGGUUGUAUUCAUCUGACAAGGAUGAGUAAUAAUUUGCUGUGAGAUGCAAUUUGGUUCAUUGUAAAGGAAGAGCAAGAGUGGUAUGCUACAGUUCAGUGGUAAUAAACAAAGAGGGAGAAAGAUGGAAUGGAAUGGGAGUGAGUAGAAGUGAUAUUAAAUAGCCAAAGGGAGAGCAAAAUUAUUUGUUUUUUGGUAAAGGGAGAGUAGCAUUGGCAGCAUAUUUUUGCCAAUGGAGAGCAGUAUACACAACAUUUUUUAUUUAUAGAAGAGAGACAGUCAUGAAUCAGUAGUUUUUAGGCAUUGAUUUGUAUGGGGUUACUUGAUUGUUUUUAGGCAAUGGAGUGAGCUGGGUUAAGUAAUUGGGCUUUGAAGGAAAAAAUGGGCUUAAAUUCUGGGAUUAUAUUGUGACUGUCAAGCUUUUAAAUUGGUAUAAAACAAGUUCAAAUAAAUCUUAUAGGAGAAAAGUUUCUUAACUUUAACUGUUGCAUUGGCUUUGUUUAAAAACAAUAAAGUUACAUUAGUACUUCAAUGCUUUUUUUCUCUGUUUUUCUUAUAUUUGCAGACAUUUUCAUUUAUGAAGUAACAUUUAGAAGUAUUAUAAUUAACUGAAAAUAGUAGAAGCACUGAGAUUUGAAUGUGCAUUUGGUUUGGGUUUUGUUGAAAGUUGAAUUGAAUAAUGAAGGUAGGAGAGUUUGCUGAGAGUUAUCUCAUAUAUAAUAGAGCAGAUUAUAAUUAGUGCAGCUCUCUGCAGAAUUAAAUGAAGUCAAGGGGGAGUAAUGAGAUGAAACAAUGAUAAUAUGAAAAUGGUGUGGGCUACAUAGGAGAUAGAGAGAUGUAGUGCAACAGAUUGGAAGGUAUAUAUAGUGUUAAUGUGUAUGUUUUCUCAUUGUGAUCCCAGGAAAAGCGGAUAUGCAAAUGUGUUCAUUAAGAAUCUUGAUGCAUCAGUAGAUAACAAGGCAUUGUAUGACACUUUUGCUGCCUUUGGAACUGUGCUAUCUAGUAAGGUAGCGGUUGAUGAGAAUGGUCAAUCAAAAGGGUAUGGAUUUGUGCACUUUGACAAUGACGAGUCUGCUCAGAAUAUCAAAAAAUUGAACGGCAUGUUAAUAAAUGAUAAGAAGGUCUAUGUUGGGCUUUUUGUUCAGCGUCAGGAAAGGGCUCCAGGGAAUGGAUCACCAAAACCAAUGUAUAUGUGAAAAAAUUUUCUGAAACAUAGACUGAUGAAGACCUCAGGCAACAGGCUAUGGUUUUCAACCUCAUGUCUUGCCACAAAGCAUGCGUGGGGUUGCUCCAAAUUUCAUUAUGCCAUACCACCUUCAGAGACAGGAUUCUCCUGGACAAAGGAUGGGUCCUACUACACGAAAGGUUGGAAAUACCCAGGUAACUCUCAGCCAUUCACUUCCAAUACCACCAAAUGGUCCAAAUAGCAUACAUAAGUAUGUGCCCUAUAAUUUGGUGGGUCCAUCUGAGAUUUCUGCAUCUCCUCUUGAUGUCAAGACUUCUGCUACAUCAUCUACUACACUUGCUUCGGCUUUGGCUUCUGCAGAUUGGAAGAAAAAGCAAUAUAUAGUCAGAUUGAACAAGAUGGGGGACUUCAGGAGGGGUUUAAUUAGCAAUGCCCUCGUGAUGGACUUGCAAUUGAGGAUCCAAAGUCAAGGGGAACUCAUGAGUUUGAUCCAUCCAGACCAUUGGACGUGCCUUCUGUUUUUGAUGCAAACUCCAUUAACCUGUUGCAGCUGGCUGAAAUUAUUAGGAGGCUUAAUGAAGAAGAGUGUCAGUUUCUGAUUGAGGCAAGAGGAGUUGAGUCCGAUUUGGUACUGCAAAAUCAAUUUAAUGCUGCCAUGGCUGAGGUGGAAGCUCUUUCUGCCAGAGUGGUUGAGCUGCAGAAUAAUUUUGACAUGUCUCAAAGAUUCACUGGAAUUAUCCAAAGAGUUAGCUGAUUACAGAGGCUUGAUCUCAAGUUUAAAGGUGGAAAAGAAGGGCAUGAAUGAAACUCUUGAUUUGACAAAUGAUGAGAAAAGUAUAAACUUUUGGAGGAGAAGGAAUUUCAUCUAUUUGAAAUUAAGAAUCUGGUAUCUGAAUGCUACAUUCUUACUUUAGAUUUAGCUCUGGCACUGUUUAGAGUAAGAAUUAGCUCUGGCACUGUUUAGAGUGCUUUUAAUUGCCAGUGAUAACUGUUAAUUCUGAUUGCAGUUAGUAGUGCAUGGUUUAUAUUGUAGAAGUGUCCAA